CUGGGCAACCUCCUGGCCCUGGGGCUGCUGCUGCGCUGCCGCCGCGGCCCCCGCGCCCGCCCGCCCUCCCUCUUCCACGUCCUGGUGCUGGCCCUGGUGGUCACCGACCUGCUGGGCACCUGCUCCGUCAGCCCCUUCGUCCUGGCCUCCUAUCACCGCAACUGCACCCUGACCGCCCUGGCCCGAGGAGGACACAUCUGCCUCUACUUCGGCUUCGCCAUGAGCUUCUUUGGCCUCGCCACCAUGCUCAUCCUCUUCGCCAUGGCGCUGGAGCGAUGCCUGGCCCUGGGGUGGCCUUACUUCUACGAGCGCUUUCUCAGCCCCCGCACGGGCUUGGUUGCCCUGCCCGCCAUCUACGCCUUCUCCAUGGCCUUCUGCUCCUUGCCGCUGGUGGGCUUUGGGCGGUACGUGCAGUAUUGCCCCGGCACGUGGUGCUUCAUCCAGAUGCACCUGGACUACCUCCAGCAAAACGGCAGCAGGGAGGUGUCCAGGUUGGACGUCACCUUCUCGCUGCUCUACGCCACCCUGCUCCUCUUCCUCAUCCUCUCCGUGCUGCUCUGCAACCUCAGUGUCAUUGCCAACCUGGCCCGCAUGCACCGCCGUGGGCAGAAGACCAUCCGCGCCUACAUGAACAAAUUCAGCGCGGAAGAGGACAACCACGACUGGGACCUCCUCGCCCUGAGGUUUCUCUCUAUUAAUUCCAUCAUCGACCCUUGGGUCUUCGCCAUCCUGAGGCCGCCGGUCCUGCGGUUCAUGCGCUCUGUGCUGUGCUGCCAGAUGACCCCCGCGAGCCAGGACAGACAGACCUCGUCCCCCGCAAAGAAAAAACCGGCAGCACAGCUGGGCCCCUGUGGGCGGUAG